AUGGCUCGAUGUGUAUGUUCAAAACUCUCUGCAGCAGAUAGUCUUACUCUAGGGGCUGUCCAGAUUAUGAUUGGCAUAUUUCAUGUUUUCAUGUGGUAUUUCCUAUUGAUUUUGUAUAUGGGACAAAUUAGAGGAGUCUUUGGGACGUAUGAACCUAUAACUUACAAAGCAGGAUGUUCUUUAUGGGGAGUUAUUUUUAUCAUUACAGGAGUCUCCAUAAUAAGAGCAGUAAGGCAUCAGACUCAAGGCGUGAUUACAUUUGCUUUUAUCAUGAACAUCUUCUGCAUAAUUGUUGCAGUUAUUGCAUCAAUUCUAACAGCAAUUGAGUUGUCUUCUUUUAAUUCCGUGUCCUAUAGGAAUUAUGGACAAGCAAAACUUGGAAGGGAAGUUUCACGGAUUUUACUGAUAUCUUACCCCUUGGAAUUUUCUAUUGCAUUAACUUACUCAAUCUUUGGCUGUCUUGAUUUGAGUCAUCAUCAUGAUGAAGAUACUCUCACAGCUGUUACAGAGGAAGCUGAGAGCACUUUUUAAAAACCUUAGAAAUGUGAGAUUUCUCCUGGGGCUCAUACCUGACGUGGGCCCUAAUGAUAUCCCUGCAUAACAAGGCUGCUACAAAGCCCACAGGUUUUGUGCAAAAGAAAAUACAAACAAGUUGGAUUUUUCUUCUUGGUAUUCAAGAAAUUUCUCUGCACAUAUUUUUGUAGGCUCCAAGUAGAAAGCUUUUCCCUACUUAAAUAUAUUAUUACAAGGAGAAAUUUAUUUUCUAGGUACUCUGUACCUGUCAACUCUGUGUAACUCUAAAGCUGCCAACUCUCCCUAAUAGAGCUUUUGCAAAAGACCAUAAAAAAAGAUUUGUGAUUGUCUCUAGAGGACAGGCAAAAUGUCUCUAGAGUACAGGCAGUAAAGACUUGGAGCACAAUACUGUGUAAUUCCCAGGAAAACUUUAAAUAAUUUAUGCCCCUACAAGUGAAGAGUACAUUUCAGAAUGAGUUCUUCUACCUGAACUAGCUUCUACCUGAACAAAGUACAAAUCAAAAAUCAUCCAACUCAUAAUCCUUUCAUUGUUCUUCUUUGACUACUCCUCUCCUCAUUAAAGUUCCUUUCUGCCC